UUUUCAACCCCUCGCGACGACCUCCUCGUCUCCGUCGGUGUCGGCGUCGACUUUGGUAUAUCAACACCGUCAUCUUAGACGGCCAGCUCAAUUCUCCCUUCCUAUCAGUUAUUUCGACGGGGCAGAAAUAAAGCUAGGCCACAAUGUCGGUGGCUAGCAAGAAUCCUUUUGCCCUCUUGGAUGAUGAUGAAACGGUCGAGCAAACAUCUGUCGCAGUUGCUGUUCCAGCUUCCGCCGUGAAGCCAAAUGAACAGCCUAAGGUCCAGGAAAACCGGUCGAGGCAGACGAACGGUCGUGCACCCCGUACGCCCAGACCCGAGAGGACCGCUGAUGGAUUUGAGGUGAAGGAGGGCAGGGGCGAGCGGAGAGGCCGUGGUGAAGGACGCGGUGAAGGGCGCGGUCGCUCUCGUGGUGGCCGUGGCCGCGGUCGCGGUGGCUUCCAAAAUAUGGAUAGGCACUCCAAUACGGGAAUCACCGAUUCCCACAAGCAAGUCCACCAAGGCUGGGGUGGUGAUACCGGUGCUGCCGAGCAUGCUGCUGAGACUGAGGGCGCAGCGGAUGCCAUCAAAGAGGAGGCUGCUCCUGAAGCCGCUGUGAACGGCCAGGAGGCUCCUGUAACCCCAGCUGGUGAGGCUAAGCCCACCGAGGAGGCGGAAGGAAAGCCCCGCGUCGAGGAAGAAGAGGACAAUACCGUCUCCUACGAUGAAUACCUCAAGAAGCAAAAGGGCACCCCUGGCGUUCUCGACAACCUCAUCCCCAAGUUAGAAGUUCGCCAGGUUGGAGAAGGCGAGGGCUACGAGGAUGGUGUCCUUAGCCGCGGCGGUGCCGAAGUACUCAAGAAGGAGGACCAGGCAUUCUUCGCCGGAAAGACUAAGAAGGACCCCGUGUCCAAGCCGAAGAAAGAGAAGCCCGUCAUGAUUGAGAUCGACGCUCGCUUCGCACCAGUCGAGCGCGGUGGUCGCGGUCGCGGUCGCGGCGGUGAGCGGGGCGGCCCCCGUGGUCGGGGUGAAGGCCGUGGACGUGGCGGUGCCGGCGCUCCCCGUGGCCGUGGUGUUUCUCGCGGUGGUGCUGGCCGGGGUGUCGAUGUCGAUGACGCGGCUGCGUUCCCCUCGCUGACCGCAUGACAAGCACCCACUCCAAGAAAUGCCUACCUGCUUCAUCCGAUCGAGUAGAAGCAUCGAGCGACUGUACCGCAAAAGGGGACUCGAUAUCUAAUGACUGAUUCUGACUAUCGCCGAUGUUCCCCCGUUUCUGUUUUUUCCCCUGCUUGUUUUCUCACUCGAGUUUCAACUUUUGCACACAAUAUGCAUGGUACCAGUGUUCCAUUCGUACGUUUUGGGUUGUCUCCCGUGUUAUGAAAGUAAAUCCGAUCUCGUGU